AUCGUACAGUCUGAGAACAAUAUAUAUUUUAUGAACUUUAAACUGGUAUUCAAUUUGUAACUUUUAACCUGGAUUCCUUAUGAUAAGGGAAAUAUAGUGACAUAGAUAUUACGUAGAUGAUGAUCAAUUUUUUCUACGUUUUGUUAAUCAAGCAAAUAUUCGUGAAACUGUUACGUUUUUUUUACUUCAUCGGUAAAACCUAAUUUCGACCAAUCUUCACGCGCCAUAAGAUUUUUAUCCAUUCGACAAUCGAGAUAAUCCUUGGCAAUAUGUCUGCACAUUGUAUUUUGAUUAUUAUGUUCUAAUAGACAUCUAAGAUAGUCGAUCAUUACUUGUUUGCAGAAGCCUUCAUGAUCGAGAGGAAAACUACCCUUUUCGGGUGGCACUGGCUUGAAAGAUUUUUGCCCAAACGUAUACGAGGACAUAAUUUAGAUCUAAUCGCAUGGGGGAAAAAAAAAAAUAAGAGAGAAAGAGAGAAAAGAAUUAGAAGAAAGUACAAUGAACGAACAUAGAGAACUCUAAAAUGUCCCACUUAAGAUUCACUUAAAACACGAACAACGUAAAAGCCUUUCCAAUGAUCGUACAAUCUUUUAUUUCGUUCAAUGAUAAGCGCCAUCUUCUGGAUUCAUUCGAAACUUCUGCCAGUUAAAAUUUUUUUCAUUCGACAUAUUUUAAUUAAAUCUGACGUUCUGUUUCGAAUAAAAAAAGACACAAAAAAAAAAAAGAAGAAGAAGAAGAAGGAAAGAAACAGAAAAGAAUUUUAAUUAGUAAAAAAAAAAAAAAAAAAACGAUAAAAGUAAACUAAUGACAUUAUUUCAUUCGUAGCAUUGUACGAUCGAAAACAAUUUGAAUUAUCGCGCGCUUUUCAUAUUGAAUACAAUUCAAAAUUCAUCUCUCCUACAUCAUAGAAUUUUUUUUAUAAUUUCAUUUUUAUAUUCAUAUAAAAAAUCCACUCGAUUAUAAAACAAAGCGAUAAUAUUAAUUUAACCAAUUAAUUUGUUAAUUGAACACCACGUGGCGCUAAUAAUUAAUGACUUCCGUGUCAGUAGGCAUUCUAGCAUUUUGUCGUAGUUAUAUCAGUUUAUUCUUAUAGAUAAAUAUUGCGUUUUGUUAUGUAUUUAAUAUGAUAUUAGUAAAUGUUAAUUAAAUAGAAAUGAAUGAGGAAUGUAUAUGAGGAAAUCAAAAAAGAAAAAAGAAUAAUGUACAAAGUAAAGAGGAAAUAAAUUUCAUCGAAUUUGUAAAGAUUAAUAAAAUUCAUUGACAAUGAAGAAAUAUCUGUUUUGGUUUGCUCAUGAACACAUUAAUUUUCGAUUACCUGAAAUGGAAUCUAUUUUUUAUAUGUUCGAUAUAAAAUUACCUUCAAUUUCUAAUAGAGACCAACCAUAUUGGAUAGUCGAUAUAUCAUCUGAAAAAAUUGUACAUAAAAUAGCUAGUAGGGCAGUAUCUCUUCGAUUUUGUCUUGAACUGUGGGCAAAUGGAAAGAAUAAUGAAGAAUUGCACAAUAAUUUAAAAACUUAUCCCAUAGAACAAAUUAAAUUGUACGCGGAUAAAGAGAAAUCGUUUAAAAUUAUUGUGGAAACAUUUUGUAAACAUUUUUCGCAGGGUGAAAAGAUACAGAAAAUUGAAUCUUUCAGUUAUUUACCAUUACAAGGACCUGUUAAAUUGAAGAAUCCAGAUACCACCUUAUAUUACAUAGAAUUUUAUGGCUUAGAUCCCAAUGAAAUUCCAGAUAAACCUUAUGAAUUAUUUUUUGGCAGAUGGAUCGCGGACGGACAAAGAGAUUUGAUACAAAAAUUUUCUUUAAAAAGGAGAAAAUUUAUAGGUAAUACUUCGAUGGAUCCUCAAUUAUCAUUGAUCAUGGCAAAUCAAGCUCAGAUUAAAACAGGAGAUAUCGUUCUUGAUCCAUUCGUUGGUACUGGUUCUUUAUUAGUUGCCGCUUCUCAUUUUGGGGGUUAUACAUUAGGAACAGAUAUAGAUUUUCUUAUGCUGCAUGGACGUACGAGACCUACUCGUAUAAAGCAAAAAAUUAGGGAAAAGGAUGAAAAUGUGGCUGCAAAUAUGGAACAAUAUGGGAGAAGUUCUUAUUAUAUUGACGUAAUAAUAUCAGAUUUUUCUUAUCCUUUAUGGAAAUCAGAUAUGUUUAUAGAUGCUAUUAUUACCGAUCCACCUUAUGGUAUAAGAGAAUCAACUGAACGUAUAGGAACAAUGAAAGCAAAUCCUGUGAUCGAAGAACAUCAAGUAUCAACUCAUAUUCCUUCAAAAGUUGAAUACGGUUUACCACAAAUAUAUAAAGAUUUAUUAAACUUUGCAGCGAAACACUUGAAGAUUACUGGUAGAUUAGUAUGCUGGUAUCCAAUAUUUAGAGAUCAAUAUUCCUCAGAUCAGUUACCUAUACAUCCUUGUUUACAAUUAAUAGCCAAUUCAGAACAGGUUCUUAGUAAUUAUACAAGUCGUAUAUUAUUAACUUAUGAAAAAGUAAAAGAACCACAGGAGACCGAUGACAUAAAUUCUAUAUGUUUAACUGAUUUCCGAGAAAAGUAUUUUGCAUUAAGAGAAGAAACGCGAAAAGAAAGAAGAAUGAAAAAGGCUACAGAAAGAGCAAAGAAAAAAGAAGAUUGGGAAAAAAGUAAUGGAGAAAGUAUGGAAAGAUGACCAGACAAUGAUUUUUUAUCUAAUAGAUUUUUCAGCUGAUAUUUUAUAGCAUCUAUGUUGUUAUUAUCAACAUAGUUUAAUUAUUUUAAUUGAAAAGGAUAAAAUAUAUUUGUGUACUAUA